UCUAUUGCGGCUAACUUGUCAUUUCUGUUCAACAUGUCUCCCUGGCAGACUCCUCUCUGUCAUUAGAAGCGCCUGGAAUUUUCGUGAAACUACUGCGUUUUGUUAGCACAAAGCUAGCGGGCCGUUGUCAGCCAGGACCCAGAAAAGCAGCAUCAUCAUCAAUGGUGUGUCUACAUCCCGGAGCCGUCACAUUUUCCUGUGUCCGCUCAAUGAACUGUCUCCUCAGCUCUCAGCACAGCUGCACAUGUAUGGCGUUUGCGAGGCUUGGAGGGGAGUUUUGCAAAGCCCAGCACCUGCUGCUUAUUGUGGACAAGUGAACAGGAGACACCAGCUAGGCACAAUCACUGCCAUUCACACACACAGGUCCUUACUGCCAUCCCGUUCAACCCAUAUGAAGACAAGCCAACCUUCAGUCUGUGACUUGUCCUGGGGAGAAGGGGAGGCAUUGGUUUCAGCCCAGGAGUUUCCUCUCUGCUCUCCUCCUUUCCUGCUUUUCCUUUCUUCUUCUGCUCUCAUUUGUACAAGUCUUCUCUGAAUGGGCUAACAGAUUUGAAAGAAAGGAUAGACAGAUCUUUUUUCCUGUCUUAAGUUUUUUUUUCCCCCCUCAGGACUUUAGGUGUCUUCUCUCCACUUUUUUUGAUCUCAGUCUGCUAGAUUAAAUUAUUAUUUUUUAAAUUACCAAGCCAAUUUUCAUUUUAGUCCUUUAUUGCCAAGAAGUUUCUCCCCUAAAAAUUGUGUUUGUUAUUAUUUAGGCUUUUUGUCAAAAGAAUCGCGUAUUUAAAUCCUGUGCCCAUAGACCGUACUGAUCCAUUAGUGAAAUUGAGUUUAAUUUGGAUUUCUUUAAGUGGAAGCAUUAUUUUUUACUUUUUUAAACACUCCAAAGGGUUGUACUUGAAGACCUUGUCUGUUACUCCAUUCUUUGAAGCACAGUACUUUUCAGACCUUCAUUCUUUAUUAACAAACCUUUGUGGGUCAAAAAAUGAACCGACCGGCUCCAGUGGAGAUCUCCUAUGAUUGUCUCAGAUUCCUCAUCACGCACAAUCCCACCAAUGCACAACUGGGAAGGUUUAUAGAGGAUCUAAAGGCAUUCGGAGUAAACACCCUGGUGAGAGUGUGUGCUGCUACUUACGACAAGACACCGGUGGAACAAGAAGGCAUACAAGUCCUGGAUUGGCCGUUUGAUGAUGGUUCUGCCCCCCCUGACCAGGUGGUUGAUGAUUGGCUGUCCCUGCUGCAGACAAAGUUUAGGGAGGAGCCUGGCUCCUGUGUGGCUGUGCACUGUGUUGCUGGACUGGGAAGAGCUCCUGUGUUGGUGGCCCUGGCUCUAAUUGAGUGUGGGAUGGAAUAUGAAGAUGCAGUGCACUUAAUAAGACAGAAGCGUCGCGGAGCAUUGAACGCCAAGCAGCUGCUUUACCUGGAGAACUACAAGCCCAAACUGUGUCUGCGCUCCAAAGAUGCCAACGGACAGAGCUGCUGUAUACAGUAGGAAUCUAAACAACAAAACAAAAAACGUGGAGGUGUUAAAAGUUUUCAUUUCUGUUCCUUGCUUUGUAACUUCACCUGCACAUGUAGCAAAAGCCCACAAAUAUUAAAGUCAAACAGAAUCAAAAGCUUGUUUGUCUGUCAAAAUUAAAAACAUUUAUUCCAAUUUUUUUCUCUGUCGGUUCACUGGUAGAGGUGCAGAAGCAACUGAUGCUGUUGUUCUGAUUUAAAAUUCUAACUUUGGGAUCAGGCACUAUGAAUAAUUCAGCGUCGCGAGGCCUGACAGCGUGUUUGACAGUUGAUUAUUCUUAUAUAGUCUGCAGCUUGAUAUUUGUUCUAAGCUACAACACAGAAAUUCUGAAUACAUAGUUGACAACACAGUCUGAGCAUCCUGAAGCUUGCUGGUUUGUUGUACAUCCAUGCACACAGUGGCUGAGACUGGCUUAUUUAUUUGACUCACUAAGUCAAUGUUCUGCAGCCAGAGUGAUGCACACAUGACCAAGAAUUCACACAAGAUAGAACAUAUACAAUAUUUAAUAAAUGUACUUAAAGAAGAUUAAAAGAUUUGAAGAAGUGUGUCCUCAGUUUGAUGCAAAUGUGAGAUGAUGUAAUAAACAAGAGUACAAUCUAUCUGCAUAUUGUAUGUCCCAGAUCAGAGUUAUAAGCGUCUGCUUGUCUAGAACAAACUCCUGUUGGCUUUAAAUGUUUGGCACUGACCGUCAUUCAAUCACCAGAUCAAGUAGACCAACAUGUUGAAGAUCAGUUGGUGAAUGUAUUAAUAACGGAACACAUGAAGGUUUUGGAAGAUUGUUCUAUUGGCUGCAGGUUUUAAGAACACAGAAUCAUCAUUAUAUCCUCAGUGCUUCUGUGCUUGGUGUGUGAAAUACUAAUCGUGGGGUCCCGAUGCUGUCGGUGUUACAGAUCAGAGUUGAUAUGCAUUGGCCACUUUAUGCAUGAAGCGUCACAAGUACUGCUGUGUUUUGUAUUUGGCUUUCUUUAGUUGUACAAGUGCAGUUUGAGCACCUUAAAAAAACCUUCCCCCAAAUUAAAUUAAGUACUUUGACCUAUUUGUGAAUUAGCACACAGUUCGUUGGUCUUUUUGAAUAUCCAGAGAGCCAACACUUCAAAUUUCAGCAUUGCACAAAUUUGAAUUGUUGCUGUUUAGUACAUUUCUUGUUUGAUGCCACAACUAAGCACAUGUGUUGCAUUAUAAACCUCUGGCAUUUUCAUAUUUCUGCACACAUGUUUUACCACGUGUUGCUUUUUUCUAUUUAGAACCUUGCAUCAUAAUUAGUUUCCUGUUAGAACCAGCAACCAGACUGAUGAAGGACUCGUGUAAACUUAGACUUUUUCCAGCUAAUACACAAUGUCUUACCUUAAAGUACAGACCAGUGAGACCUUGGCUCAGUUGACUGGUAGAGUUUCUGUCCAGAUGCCCAUGAAUGAAGUUAAAAAGCGACGGUCAGCUUUAACAACAUUGACAAACACCUCAGUAGGUGGCCACAGAUAAAAGAGAAGAUAUGUUGCCCUAUCGCACUUUAUUUUGUAGGGUCUCUUUUUUGCCUUAGCCCAAUUGAUGAAGACAUUUUUUUUAAAUAGCUGCUUAGCAUCUGACUCGUAAACAUCUCCCAUUUAUCCAGCCUCAGAAAGAAGCAAACAUUUACUUUCCCUGCAGCCAAACCAGCCUAGGUUUCCUCCUUCGACAUCAAGCCAGGUGUUAUUUGUUUUUGUGUGGCAGGUCAGUACCACAGACACAUCAGCUGCAUCUUUCAUAGUGCUGUCCCCAUCUUUGCUGCUCUGUAGCUGAGGUGAGCCCUGCUGUGGGAGCAGUGUUGUUUUACAUCUAAGCAGGCAGCUAAAGCACCAGUAUGAUCUCUUUUAAGUGCCUGUUCAGUGUUGUUGGCAUUUUUCUGUGCUGCCCCUUAACUUUCUGGCAGUGAAACCCAAAAUUGGAGUGUGGUAUGUUUCUGCUCUGACAUUGUACGUUCACGUUAUGACCGACGUUAGCUCACGAAUUUAGCAUCUUUGAACUACUGCUGAGUGACAGUAAAUUAAACUUGUAAGCACAGUAUAUUCCAUUCAAAAGCUUUGAUUGCAAUAUAUAUGCACAAUUUUAUUUUGGAAACUCAAGAUUUUCAGGCCGUCCCUUCUGUCAAUUAGGGGACCCGAGACCCACGUAUUUCACACACUGCUUCCUCUUCAUCCUCCACAAUGAUAAGCAAAGAAUGGCUGAUUCAGUGGCAGCACACGGUAUCUGACGUUAAUCCUCCUGUUGAGUCUUUAGAAUAGAUUAUAUUGGGUGGUAAUCUGCAUUAUAACAGCCCACUGUUAAAUGAUAGUAAAUCCAUGCAAACACAUGAGAAUUUACUAUCAGAGGUGGUAAGCUAGUAUUUUUUAAAAGAAGUAAGAAGGGUGACCUUUUAGUGAUACAAACCUAAAGAUAAUCUUGGUUCCCCAUCACCGAUCAAUAGAACAAUCUCUCAAAUACUCUGUGUGUUCCUGUUAAAACAACCACGUACCAAGACUGUGGAGCCAACAUGGCUGCCACUGAAACCUUAGUGGCCAUAGUUCUCAUCUCUCUUCGGCUCUUCGGUCAGCUGCUGUGUUCGUAAGAUGCUCUCGGUCUUUGUGAUGUUAUUAUUUUUCCUCUAGUUUUUCUUUUCUUUCCCUUGUACCUUGUACCUGUUUGUACCUGUUAUUUAUUCAUUGAUUUUACUGUGUUUCUUUGUGAAAUGUCCGUCUGAUGGAGAAAAAAAACAAAAAAAAAUUCUAUUAGUCUUCUUGGAAAAUUAAAGUGUUUAGUAAUGUAA